AUAACAAAGACUGCCUUGAAAAAUCUUCAAUUUUACAUGGUUUUUUUUUUGUAUAAAUUAAGUGAUUUAGAAGUUUUUCAUAAGCAACAACAUAACAUUUUUCAAUCUGAAAUUUGGUCAACUUUUGAGUGAGAAAAAAAUUUUCUGAGAAUUUUAACUAGCGUUCUAUAUUUAGAAAAAUCGAUUUGAGCCGAGAACGCAGCAAAGAAGCGAUAAAAUAUAAAGAAAAUUUUGGGCGUAGUUUUAAACAAUUGCAAAUUUUUGCUUAUAUAAGUGGGUAAAUAAAUUAAUUGAAGGAAAAGUGAAAUGGCUGAUGUGGGUUCGUCAAGCGCUGUGCAGCAGCCCCCUUCCUCUACCACUAGCGGUCAUAUGAAUUCCAUUCCUUUACUGGCUGCAGCUGAACUCUUAACAGAUAAUAGUGGUCCAAUGCAACAACAGUCGGUUGGACAGGCUGGUGGUAUUUCGUUAGCUGCCGGUAGUGUUAGUGGAGGCGGUGUGAUUAAUUCUGCAGUUACUUCAGCUUUGAUACGCCCAACGUCAGCCUCAACUUCGUCAAGUUUGAUACCACAACAACAACAAGCCCCAACUCAACAACAGACGAAUAUUAACAAUAGCAAUACUAAUACCAUAAAUCCAACAGUUCCGGAUAUUGGCGAGCAGUCGUCGAAGAAGCAAAAGUUAGAUCACCCAUCCACUUCUUCACUGGUUAGUUCAGCAACCAUUGAAAAGCUUGAAAGUCGGUUGGGUGGGAUACUGUGCUGUGCAGUUUGUCUAGAUCUGCCCAAGACUGCCAUGUAUCAGUGUCAGAUGGGCCAUUUAAUGUGCGCUGCUUGUUUUACUCACUUACUGGCGGAUGGACGCUUACGUGAUCAGAUUGCGACUUGUCCGAAUUGUCGUGUAGAGAUUUCUAAAAGCACAGCUUCGCGUAAUUUAGCUGUUGAAAAAGCAGCAUCAGAAUUGCCAAGUCAAUGUCAGUAUUGUAAUAAAGAGUUUCCCUAUAAGUCGCUGGAUCGUCAUGAACAGCAUGAAUGCCAAGAACGUCCUACGCACUGUACAUAUUCCCGUAUUGGUUGUCAGUGGCAUGGUCCAUAUCAUGAAACAUCUGAACAUGAGCGCAAUUGCUUACACCCAAACAAAUCUGGCUAUGAGGUUAUGGCUGCUUUAGAAACUUUCGAUUCCAAAAUCAAAGAGGAGAAAAAAAUGUUUAGCACACUCAUUGACCUGUUGAGUUACGAAAAGAUAAUAUUUAAUGAUUUGCAAUUGAAACCGUAUCGCACUGACGAGUGUCUACAUAAACUUUUCUAUGAAACGGCAAGAUUUUCAGCAUUUAAUCAACAAUGGGUGGUAAAAGCCAGAAUUAAUAACAAUCAAAGGGAUCCACAUCAUUUCAACGAACGAACUAUCACUUACCAGCUCAUAUUAAAAACGAAAACUAGUACACCGAUGAGUAUAUACUUCUUCGCUCUAAAGGGUCCAUUUUCAGAUAUGAAGGUCUCUACACAAAUCUAUAAGCACGAAUUCACAGAACAUAAUACUGAAAGCGAUUAUUACGUUUUGCCUCUACCCGACAGUAAUGAAUGCAAUCGUCUUCUAGCUAAUAAAGGUAUUAACUUCCGUCUUUUAAUGUUUUUACUAAAUAAAUAAAUUUCUUCGUAAAAUUAAAAUUUUACCGUUUCGCAAUUUUGAAUAUUUGAAAAAUAUUGAUCCCUUUACUUCACUUGCCAUUAAAUUCUGGAGAAUCGCGCGCAUGCUGACAAUUACAAUUUAACUUCAUUUUAUGCGUGUGCAGCUAUCACAACAUUAAAUGGAAGGAUUCUGCUUUUAUUGAAAUAUUAAAAAAAAAAAA